AUGCCGUCUCCGUCACCUGGUGGUGAUGCUGCUUCAUCGUCCACAGCACCACCACAACCACAGUCAAAUCCAACAGAGCUAUCGCACGAUGUUGCUCUUCAGAUCGACCACAUCUUAUCCUCCGAUAGCCCACAAAAUGGCUUAUACAACAUCGCCGACCGGUCUUCGCUAGAAAACCAGCUCGACCAGCUCCUCUCCUCCUCCACACCUCAAAAUGAGCCGCUCAGCUUGGCAUCGAUCGACCGAGUCCAGGCGCAUCUCCGACUACAAAUACAAUCAUGUAGAGAUCAAAUCCGUACGCUCGCCGCCGAACUCGAAAGUGAAAUCGACGCCAACCGCAUGACUCAGGUCCAGCAAUCCAUCGCCGCCUUACUGGAACAGCUCCUCUUGAUCCGCGAGAAAGCACGAGAAUCCGAAAACGUCGUCAAAGAGAUCACUCGCGACAUUCGCAGUCUCGAUAUUGCCAAGCGCAACGUUGUCUCCUCGAUGACUGCGCUUAAGCGGCUCCAGAUGCUGGUGAACGGGGUGGAUCAAAUGCAGCGGCUGGCAGAGACAAAGAGGUACAGAGAGGCCGCGUCUGCGCUUCAGGCCGUAAGGAGUCUUCUCGACUUCUUCCAGUCAUAUCGUGGGGUAGAGCGCAUCGCCAGUGCAUGGAAACAAGUCAACGAGCUGCAAAACGGACUACGGACGAGCAUCAUGAAAGAGUACGAGAACUUCUUCCUCCAUGAUCCCAACAGGGCUGUUCGGUCGACUAAUCUCCCCGAAUCUGCGCUGGUUAUUGAUGCGAUAGGCGCAGAGGCCAAGUCGACGUUGAUCGACUGGUAUUGCUCCUUGCAGCUCAGAGAAUAUAGGCGGAUCUUCAGGGCGACGGAUGAAGCAGGACAGUUGGACAAUGUUUCGAGAAGAUUCGCUUGGUUCAGGAGGAUUUUGAAAAUUCAUGAAGAUGAACAUGCAGCGGCAUUUUUGGAAGGAUGGAAGGCUGAGAGGUGGUUGAUAAGGAGGUUUUCAGAUGUGACAAAGGAGGAUUUGAGAAGUGUUUUGAUCAGGGAACAGUCAAGGUUGAACGUCUCGACGCUGAUGGAGGCUUUGAAUGCCACCUUGGAGUUUGAAGGGGUGAUGAGUCGGAAGUUUGGAGUCAGCUUUGAGGAAUUGAUUGCUCCGCCCAACACUCAGCAUGCAUCGCAACAACAGCAGCAAAGUGGACAGCAAGGGCAAGCACAACAGACAUCAACACCAUCUCAACCAUCACAAUUGCAGGUUCAGACUCUAUCCGCCAUCUUCGACCCCUAUCUUGGCGUCUUUGUCGAAGCUCAGGAUCGAGCUUUGUCAGAGAUGUUUGUUCAGUAUCGACGCCAAGGAGCUCCUGUGUCACACGACGAACCUUCUGCCAACGGCAACGCAGGUUUCGGCGGUGACAACGCCUUCGACCCUUCCACCAGCGCUGAUCCUACCAACCCUGCCUCCUCCACCGGUGGCAGCGGAACAACGGUUCUCCCCUCCUCCACUGAACUCUUCUACUUUUACCGUCAGACGCUCGAACAGUGCGCUCGACUCUCCAACCGUGAACCACUGCGAGAUCUCUACGAAGUCUACCGCAAAUGGCUACGUGUCUACGCUGAAGACGUCUUACGUUCCGCUCUCCUUCGUCCAGAACCAGCGCGAAGAUCGAUCGAUGUGCGACCCAACAUUGGCGAGAUCCAGAAAUGGUGCCUUGUGCUCAACACUGCCGAUUACUGCGCUAGCACUUCGAGUCAGCUCGAAGACAAGCUGCGCGAAAAGAUCCAUCCUGACUUCAAAGAGAGGAUCAGUCUCGACGAGGAAAGAGAGAUCUUCACCACCCUCGUCUCCUACGCGGUUCAAACACUGGCAAGGGAGCUAGAGUUGUGUUCGGAACCGAUAUGGAACUCUAUGUUGCGUCCGGCUAUUCCUUGGUCGCAGCUUCAGCCGAGGAGUGGAGCAAAGUUGCAGUACGUCAUGGACAUGGCGAGUUUGUUAGAGCAGAUCGGAGUAGUGGUCAGGCAAGAUGUGGAGAAUAAGAGAUACGUGAGAAGUUGGUGCGAUAAGGUGGUUAGUGUGUUGUGUACGAGGUUUAUGCAAGGGUUGGUGAGGUUACGGCCUUUAACGCAAGUGAUGGCGGAGCAGUUGUUGGUGGAUGCGGGAGAGCUUAAGAAGAGUUUGAUUGAGUUGCCGAGGUAUCCGGUGGACGAUCUGGGUUUGGGGUUGGAUGGAAACAAGGAUUCCAGUCUGUCGCAUUGGAUGCCUACACCAUCUGCAGAACAGACAGCAUUGUCGAACCAAGCGGCGAGCUACGUGCGAUAUGUACAGAGGUUGACGGAUCGCAUAGAGACGCUUCUCAAAGUGGUCUUGGCACCGAUCGAGGCGGAUGAAGAGGGAGGGAUGGAUCUCAUCUCGUCCUACGUCAAGCUUGUGGGCGAUCGAUCCUUCUCGAACUUCCAAAAGGUAUUGGAUCUCAAAGGGGUCAGGAAGGUCGAUCAGAACGGCCUACUCGAUCGCUUCCUUCAAGUGACUUCGUCUCACGAUGGCGGCUUCAGCGAGCAAAACGACCGCACUUCGUCUUCAGGUGCGGCCGAAUUGACAGAUCAGAGCUUCCUCACCCAGCUCGACAUGGAUCCGCCCUUGCACCCCGUUCUCUCUUCGCCGUUUACUGCGUCCACACCGAGCUUCUUGGACAGCGCCACGAGGAGGGAUAGCGCCUCGACGGGCCCAUACAGAUCGGCGUCGCUGUUUGGACCUGAUAGUCUCAAGUCUCCGACAUUGGGAGGUAGCGGAGGCGGAUUUGAAGGGGCGAACGCGGGUGCAGGCGGACAGCAGGGCGGUGCGGGUAGAGCGUUCAGCGAUUUGAGAAAGUUUGGUAACUUUUUUGGUGCUGCGCUCGGAAGGAAGGAUGGAAGUCGACAGGGAUGA